UACACUAACGAGCUCCGUCUCCCUCCAAUUUUCGGGAUUUGCCCCGGGGCGCUCUAACCACUGAACGCACUGCUGAGGCUCCAGCAUCCAACGAUUACCCUCUACUGCUGUCUUCUUUUACUGUAUGAUGUAUCGGCUGAAUGGGUUACCAACGGUGGACGUAGAAUGGUUAGUAGAGAAUAUUAAAGUUGUACAGCUGUAUUAGGCUAUGGAAUAUGUAAGGGCUUUGAUCGUGCGCAGCAAUAAUGCUAAGCGCGGAGAUUGUUGAUUAACCUGAACCUGCAAACACCCCAAAGAUCCACUCACUUCACAACAGUAGACUAGAGAAUAAUUGAUAGAUGACAUCAUGACGGUCACCUACACUGCGCAAGUUGCCAACGCGCGCUUCUGCGGGUUCUCCAAACUGCUCCUAGCCUGGAGGGGAAGUAUCUACAAGGUCUUAUGGAAGGAGUUCCUUGCUUUCUUCGCCAUGUACACUGCCAUCAGUGUCACUUACAGAUUCUUCCUCUUUGAUGACCAGAAGAGGUAUUUUGAAAAACUGGCAAUUUACUGCAACCACUAUGCCAGUCUCAUCCCCAUGUCUUUUGUGCUAGGUUUUUACGUGACACUGGUGGUGAACCGCUGGUGGAAUCAGUACACCCGCAUUCCAUUACCUGACCGCCUGAUGUGCGUGCUCUCCGGCGGCCUGCAGGGUGUGGAUGAGCGCGGGCGGCUGCUGCGACGCACCAUGAUGCGCUAUGCAAGUCUGUCCGCGUUACUGAUUUUGCGCUCGGUCAGCACCGCGGUGUUCAAACGCUUCCCGACCAUGGACCACGUCGUGGAAGCAGGGUUCAUGACCAAGGAGGAGCGGAAGAAGUUUGAGAGCCUCAAGUCCCCCUAUAACAAGUACUGGAUUCCCUGUGUGUGGUUCACUAACCUGGCCGCCCUGGCCCGCUGUGAGGGCAGGAUUAAGGACGACAGCACCCUCAAACUAGUGCUGGAGGAGCUCAAUCAUUUCAGAGGGAACUGCAGUAUGCUUUUCCAUUACGACAUGAUCAGUGUUCCCCUGGUCUACACUCAGGUGGUGACUCUGGCCGUGUACAGUUUUUUCUUCGUGUGUCUGAUAGGACGUCAGUUCCUGGACCCCACACAGGGCUACCUGGGUCAUGACCUGGACCUGUACGUCCCCAUCUUCACUCUGCUACAGUUCUUCUUCUAUGCUGGCUGGCUCAAGGUAGCAGAGCAGUUGAUAAACCCAUUUGGAGAGGACGAUGAUGACUUUGAGACCAACUGGCUGAUCGACAGGAACUUCCAGGUCUCCAUGAUGGCAGUCGAUGAGAUGUAUGGGGAUCUUCCCAUCAUGGAAAGAGACCGAUAUUGGAACGACUCUAACCCUCGUCCUCCCUACACUGCAGCAACUCUAUUCAGGCUGCGCAAACCCUCCUUCCAGGGCUCCACCUUCGACAUGGCGAUUCCCAAAGAGGAGAUGCACUUCGCGCCCCUGGCGGAUAUCACUGAGAACGUGGAGUCUCAGGGUGGGGGUCACCACCCCAACAUGGCCCUGUUCAACCGGCUCCUCUUCACUGCCCCGUCCCCCACGGGACUCAUUGGAGGGGCGCUGCGCCGCACCUCCGCCCAGCUCCAAAGGUUCCGCCGUCGCUCCGGGAUGUACCCGCCCUCGUUCAGCGAUGAAGAGGGUGAGGACGAGGAUGAUGAAGGUGGGAAGACUUUGUGGCCGUCUGGGGGCUCGCUGCCGUCUGUUUUGGGUCAGGAUACUCAGAGUACCAUAUGUAGUUGUGGAGGGGUGUUUAAUGCUAGGACCCCCCUCAUGGAGGUACAGUUUGGGGUUGGGGUGGAGAGAUGUGGGGACGCCCUUCAAAGCCAGGAAGAGAUUAUGGAAGAAGAGGAAGAAGAAAAGGAUGAGGGGAACAUCCAGAAGGGGGCAGAGAAAGAGAAGAUGGAGGAAGGGAACACUGAGGUGACAGGAGAUAUUCAAAGCCGCAUGCCACUGCUCCCAUCACCCCUCCAGCCUUCCAGAGACAGAGGCCAAACAUCCAUCAGACAACCCCAGGAUAAGACACCCAGACCAGCCUCGACAACCCCCUCCAGCCCCCUAGCCCCCAGAAUCAUCCACCCCCGUUCCACAGCCUGCUCCACCCAAGACCUUUUCAUCUCUGAACCAAUCACAGAGCAGAGCACAAUGAUCCCCGCCAUUCCCAAGCCGCCCAUUGGUGGAGCCAAGAUGUCUUUCCUCACUGUGCCGUCCUACAGCGCCCCAAAGCGCCAUAGGAGCGUCAGCAUGGGGUCAGAGUCCCCAUCGGCUCCGAAACGACAAACUGCACCCUGUUCUAGCCAAAAUUAGUGCACUACUUAGGGAAUAGGAUGCCAUUUCAGAACCGGACUAUGAGUAAGGGAGAACAUACACACUUCUGUCCAACUGGGACCAA